UUUUUGACUUGCCUUAUUGGAAAUAUGUUAUGAUACGACACAAUUUGGACGUCAUGCACAUAGAGAAGAAUGUGUUGGACAAUUUAGUCAACACAGUUUUGGAUGAUAAAAGCAAGUCAAAAGAUAAUCUUAGUGCUAGAAAAGAUCUUCGGGAGCUUGGUAUACGUCCUGAUUUGUGGCCUGAUGAUAAUGAGAAGUAUCAGGCAGCGUGUUUUACUCUGAGUAAUCAUGAAAAAGACAUUUUUCUAAAUGUUUUGAAAAAUGUGAAAUUCCCUGAUGGUUAUGCUUCCAAUAUUUCAACGUGUGUUGAUCUUAAUAACAAAAAGUUAUCUGGCUUAAAAAGUCACGACUGUCACGUGAUAAUGAGAGAUUUGCUGCCAAUUGCUAUUCAGAACUUACUGCCACAAGAAGUGACUUCGGCCAUUGUUGGGAUAUGUCACUUUUUCCGUGAUAUAUCUGCAAAAGUCCUCGAUAAGGAUGGUCUUGAUAAAUUACAAGAGCGUAUUGUGCUGACUCUAUGUCAAAUGGAAAUGUUAUUCCCUCCAUCAUUUUUUACAGUGAUGGUACAUUUAAUAGUACAUCUCACUAAGGAGGCUAAGAAAGGUGGACCUGUCCCAUUUCGUUGGAUGUAUCCGAUUGAGAGGUUACUUGGACAUUUCAAAUCAUAUGUUCGUAAUCGUGCUAAACCAGAGGGUUCCAUAUGUGAGCAAUAUUUAGCUGAUGAGUGUUUGACAUUUUGCUCAAUGUAUCUUGAUGAUAUUGAGACAAGAUUUAAUCGGAGAAACCGGGUUGAUGAUCAUCCUACAGUUAACAACAGUAUUAGACCAAACUCUGAACUUGGAGUUAUUUUUCCAAAUUCCGGUAGAUUUGUUGGAGCAGGCCAUGUUCAUACUCUUACUUAUGUGGAGAGAUUGCAAGCCCAUCGACACAUAUUGGUCAAUUGUCGACUUCUUGAUCACUUACGAGAAACUGAGCUAGCAAGAAAGCAAUCUCGUCGGAAUAGGAGAAGCCGUGCUCUUGAUAUUGACAGAGAAAUACACAUAAAUUUUGCAAAAUGGGUCAAAGAGAGAGUUGAGAAGAAUGACAUUGAUGAUAUCACAGAAGAUUUACGGUGCUUAGCUCUAGGUCCAUCUGAUAAGGUUGUGAAGUAUACAGCCUACAAUGUCAAUGGCUUUAAAUUUCGCACAAUAUCAAGAGAAGAUAGUCUUAAAACACAAAAUAGCGGUGUUUAUGUGGCUGCUGAAACAAUGAGUUAUGCAAGCUCUCGUGAUUGUAACCCUAGAGCAGGAGAUGUAGCUUACUACGGAAAAUUAGUUGAAGUUAUAGAGCUGAACUAUUAUGAGACUUUUAGAGUUGUAUUAUUCAAAUGCAAAUGGGUUGAUACUCGCAAUGAACGAGGAUAUAAAGCAGAUCCCUACGGUCAUCAGAUGGUUAAUUUUUCACGCUUGUUACACACAGGGGAUGAUCAUGAUGAUGAGCCAUAUAUAUUGGCUUCACAAGCAAGACUGGUAUAUUACGUUGAAGACUCACACGAGAAAGAAUGGGAGUUUGUUGUUACUGUUCAGCCUAGAGAUUUAUAUGACAUGGGAGAUCCAGAUAAUUCAGCCUCCACCGCAUCUCUGGAGACUGAUUGAAGCAUCAUAUAAAUAUGACUCUUGUAUAUUGAUGAGUGAUUCAGUGCAGUUCACCGAAUCAGAGACACAAGCACCAGAAGAUUUGCAGUACUUGGAGCAGGUUUACAGUUCUCCUCCGCGACUUGCUCAGGAAUGCAAAAGUUACAAAUGGAAAAUUCAAUUGAUAGAUCAUGAUAACAACAUAGAAGACCAAAUGCUGACAACCAAAGAUGUUUGGAAGUUACAAGAUCGUAAAGUGAUUGUUCACUUCGAUGAAGAUAGCGGUCAACCUGAUGAAGAUUCUGGAGGCUUACUUGGAUCAUGGUUAGGUCAGCUGAGUACUGAUGUGAACUUGUUACCCAUUAACUACAGUGAUUGGAGAUUGUUCAGUUCUCACAAAAAAGCAAAGGCAUGGGAAGUAAUCCAGAACAAAUUUUGGUUUGAUGAUCCUGAGACAAGAAAGGAUUAUGUGAUUGGUGUACUAGGAAGCAGGUGUAAAGAUUUAAAAUUGCGUCUUUGGAGAGAGUAUAAACAAAAUGAUCAAGCUCAAACAUUGGAGAAUCGUCCUACUGAUAUACCUGAAGACCAAUGGCAUGACUUUGUUACCACGAGGUUCACUGAUAAGUGGAGGAGAGUACGAGAUCGAAACAUCAAAAGCCGAAGCAACCAUACCAUGCCUCAUUCAUGUGGGAGAAAGAGUUUUGCUAGAAAAAGACGUGAAAUUAAAAAUGUGACUGGAAAAACACCAUGCCGAGCAGAAUUCUUCAUCGAGACUCGCAAGAAAUCUGAUGGAAAUUUCGUAACUGAGGAGGCUAAAAGGCAUGCGGAUGAGCUAAGAAUUUUGAUGACCCAAAAUCCAUCAACGCAAGUCACAAGCAAUAUGCCAGCUAGUUUGGAUGAUGAAUAUUCUCAAGUGUUUGGUCCAGAGCGUUCUGGCAGAGUACGUUGUGUUGGUCGUGGACCUACUCCCUCAAAGUUUUUCAAGCGCUCUACGGCAGCAAGAACUGAGGCUGAGAAUGCUGAAGUUGUUCAGAUGAGAACAAAGAUGGCAUCAUUAGAGAAUAAUGUUAAAAAUCUGACAGGAAUCUUACAACAGCUGUUGAGUACAACUACUAGCGAUCAGGCACCUACAUGGGCAACUUAUGCGAAUAUAAUAAGCUCUUCAUCUUCUCAGGAAAGAGGAAAUGAAUUCAAUGAAAACCAGAAUGGCAAUGGUUUGAACGUCAAUGGUAUGAAUGAAAUUGGCAUGAACGUCAAUGGUCUGAACAUCAAUGGCUCUGAACGUCAAUCGUCUGAAUGGCAACAGUGGAAUACUAAUGGCCGAAACGUCAAUGGUCGGAACAACAAUGGAUAA